AACGCCUUACACCUUUACCAUCCUAAUCAACAAGAUUUGGGAAAACCUGAGCAUUUAAAAAGACAAACAACUAAACCAAGAUGCAAGCUCUCCUUGUUCUCCUCUUCGCUGCCGUUGCUCAGUGCAGCCUUGCGCCUUUCUACCAAGUUAAGCCUAACAUUCCUGGCCAGUACAUUGUCGUUCUUGAGGAUGGCAUCAAUGUCGAUAGCUUCGCUGCCACCAUGCAGACAGGGACCGUCCGUAGGACCCUGACCGGCCUCAUCAAUGGACUCGUUCUCACCCUCGAUGGCGAUUUGCUUGAAAAGGUACGUAGUUUGACUGGCAUCAGUUACAUUGAGGAAGAUGGACUGGUUACUAUGCUUGGUAGCCGAACCGGUAGUAAUUACUGGGGGCUUGACCGUAUCGAUGAGCGUUAUCUUCCUCUUGAUGGCAACAUAAACUUUAGCGGUACGGGUUCAGGGGCAAAUGUUUUCGUUCUCGAUACCGGAAUCACUUACUCGCAUGAGGACUUCGACAGUAAUCGUGCCCAAUCAUUCUGGGAUUACAAUGGUGGAGAUGGCUCUGAUUGCCAAGGUCACGGAACUCACUGUGCCGGAACAGUCGGAGGACGAUAUAGUGGUGUUGCCACUGGUACCAACAUCUACAGCGUUCGUGUGUUGUCCUGUUGGGGAACUGGUUCUACUUCUAACAUCAUAGCUGGUCUGGAUGCUGUGGCGGAUUCCAGCAUGUCCCGAAAGAUUGCUUCUAUGUCCCUUGGCGGAGGUUAUUCUUGGUCUCUCAAUAACGCCGUUGCCAGUGCUCAUGAUGCAGGGGUUGUUGUCGUUGCAGCAGCCGGUAACAGCUACGACGAUGCCUGUGAUUACUCCCCAGCUUCUGCCUCGGAUGCUAUCACGGUUGGUGCGACCUCCGUUGACGACUCUAGACCAUCUUUCUCAUGCUACGGCUCAUGCCUGGACAUCUUUGCCCCUGGUGAUGACAUUAAGAGCGCUGAACAUGAAACAUCAAGCAGCUACACAAAUUUUAGUGGUACCAGCAUGGCAUGCCCUCAUGUUGCGGGCGCCGCUGCAGUCAUUCUCGGAAACAAUUCCGGCUACUCUCCUACUCAAGUGGCAUCUAAGUUGGUCAGCGAUGCUACUUCGGGCGUACUCUCGAACACUGGUUCAGGAAGCCCAAAUCUUUUACUGUACGUCGCAUAGACCCUUCAGUAAAAUGUUCCAUCUCCUUUCACUAACUCGUCUUUGUGCUUUAUUCAAAAACGACCUUAAUCUUUUCUGUUCAACUCUCAGUUGACUUUAUUUUUUAAAGAGGGGGUGGGGUCCUCAAAAUAAUCGACAUACUAAUACCUGGUACAGACCUUUGGUAGAUUUCGGCAUGAAAACCUUUUCUUUGAGGCGUGGGGAUGAGUGUUUAACCUGAAAAUUACAAUUUUAAUUAUUCUUGAAGGAUAGACACAAAAAGAGACAUCCACUUUACAAACAGUUGUAAGUGGUGAUAGGAAAUAUUUCAUAUUUAAACAAAAAACAGGGUUCUCUGUAACAAAACGAUAUGGUAAUCUAUAUUUUUGGAUGUAAUGAUUUUGCGAGACACCGGUGUAUAUCAAAGGAGAUGAUGGAACAUUGAAAAUAAAAAGCAAUACGCAUAA